AUGGCUUUCAUUACCAAAAGAUUCAAAAGGUUUAUGAAGAAGAAACAAGGUGUAAGGAAGUUCUUCAGAAAAGACUUCAACAAGGAUCUUCAAAAAGGAGAAAGUCAUAAAAAAUCUGAAGUGACUUUCUAUGAAUGUAACAAGGCAGGACACUACAAAUCAGAAUGUCCAAAACUCAAAAAACAAUUCAAGAAGAAAGCCAUGAUCGCAGCAUGGGGAGAAAACAGUGAUGACAGCGACUUGGAGAAGGACAUUUGCAAAAAUGAAGUCGUAAAUCUAUGCUUGAUGGCACUUGAAGAUAAGGUAAAUAAUGACUCAUUUACCUUCAAUGAGUUACAAACUGCUUUUGAUGAAUUGCAUACUGAAUUUAAAAAAUUAAGUAUGAAAAGUAGUUGUCAAAAGAAAAUGAUCUUAAGCUUAUCUCAAGAAAAGGAAUCCUUGACUUCUAAGAUCAAUACUUUAGAAAAUGAAGUCUUGACAAUGGAAAAAGAGAAAGAAUUUUCAAAGGAAAAAGAAUUUUCCAUUUCUGAAAAGAAAGUAGACGAUUUACAGAAGGAAAAUGAAAUUUUGAAAAAGGAGAAAAUUGUCUUAAAUGAAAAUAUAGAAGAUUUAAAAAAUGUUCUUUCAAAAUUUACUCAAGAAUCCAUACAUGUUGCUUUUGAUGAAUCUAACUCAUUUGCUUCCAAGAAUAUUGCUAUUGAUGAUGUUGCAGAUUCCAAUCCAAGAAUGAAAGGCAUUUACUUAUCGAAAAAUGAUGAACUUCAUUCUUCGGAACCCAAUAUUGAAGUCUCUAUGGAAGAUCUUCAAAAAGAAUAUGCCCAUCCAACGAAGGAACAUGAUCUACCCAAAGAAUGGAAGUAUGCUCAUGGACAUCCCAAAGAUCUCAUUAUAGGAGAUGCCACACAAGAAUCCAUACAUGUUGCUUUUGAUGAAUCUAACUCAUUUGCUUCCAAGAAUAUUGCUAUUGAUGAUGUUGCAGAGAAUGAAAGGCAUUACUUAUCGAAAAAUGAUGAACUUCAUUCUUCGGAACCCAAUAUUGAAGUCUCUAUGGAAGAUCUUCAAAAAGAAUAUGCCCAUCCAACGAAGGAACAUGAUCUACCCAAAGAAUAA